AUUUUCAAUAAAAUGGGCUGACUAAACUUCAAGUCUAAUGACCCUGACUCAAUAAAUCCUCCUCCUAAAACUAAGGAAGAAGGCAAGAUGAAUCUAGAUUACUACAAACAUAAAGAUACUACUGAUACUAGUAAUGACCUUAAUUUUCACAAAAAGAAAUCAGAGCAAGUUCAUCAGGGAGAUAAAUAAAUUCAAGAGAACAAUGAGAAGAGUCCGUCGUGAAAGAAACGGCUCUGAGUCUAGCUACAGUGACCUCCAAUCAGAGUACAGAUCUGUAUAUUCAGAACAUGGUGAGCAGAGUGCUGUAAAGGGAGAGAUUGACCGUAUCAAUUUAGAUAUUUCUGAUAAAUCAGGUGUCGAUGAAAUAAAGAAAUCUCAAAGCUUUCAUCUUGAAGCUGAGCUACCAAAACGUCUGGAUCAUAAUUAAAUGGGAGAAAAUAGUAUUACCCCAGCUUGGUUUAAUUUAUUAGUUU